UACGCAUUGAACCCGACUUCUUCUUCCCUUCUGCUGUCUUUUCCCACCGUCUCACCCAGUCCCACCGUGUUCCGCUUCGUUCCAACUCUUCCGCCGGCAGCUGACCGCCGCGGGGUAAUCCGGAAAUGAGUCUCAAAGGCUUUCAGAAGAGCAUUGUUCGUGCUCCCCAGCAGUUCAAGGCACGGUUUAAUAUCGGAGAACAUACCAAGGAUGCCGUGUAUAUGGAUGCGGAGCGGCGGUUCCAAGAGCUCGAGAAGGAAACCAAGAAGCUGCACGAUGAAUCGAAAAAAUACUUUGACGCCAUCAAUGGUAUGCUGAAUCACCAGAUCGAGUUCUCCAAGGCGAUGACGGAGCUGUACAAGCCCAUCUCCGGCCGGGCCUCCGACCCCAGCACAUACACCAUCGAAGGCAAUCCGGAGGGGAUCCGGGCAUGCGAGGAGUACGAAUCGAUUGUCCGCGAUCUGCAAGAGUCGCUGUCGCCCGAGCUGGAGAUGAUCGAAACCCGGGUGAUCAGCCCGGCGGAUCAACUGCUCGAGGUGAUCAAGAUCAUCCGCAAGGUGGCCGUCAAACGCGACCAUAAGAAGCUGGACUACGACCGGCACCGAAACUCGUUGAAAAAGCUGCAGGACAAGAAGGACAAGUCGCUCAAGGACGAAAAGGCCCUGUACAAGGCGGAAAACGAUCUGGAGCAAGCGACCCUGGAUUACAACACGUACAACGACCUGCUCAAGGAGGAGCUUCCCAAGCUCUUCGCCCUCGAGGCCGAGUUCAUCCGCCCGCUUUUCCAAUCCUUCUACUACAUGCAGCUCAACGUCUUCUACACGUUACACGAGCGGAUGCAGGGCAUCAACAUCGGCUAUUUCGACCUGACCCUGGACGUCGAGGAGGCCUACGAGAAGAAACGCGGAGACGUCAAAGAGCGCACCGAGGAAUUAACCAUUGUCCAUUUCAAAGCCACCGGCGGCCGUAAGCCCGGCUCCAAGCUCGCACCCCCGGGCAGCAGCAAGGACCGCCUACUCACGCACGGCCGGACCAGCUCCCUAACCUCGCGGCCGGGCUCCGAGAGCGAAACCGCCCCGCCCCCCUACUCGUCCGCCGGGCAGGAUGCCCUGAUCGCUCGCUCCAACAGCGCCGCCGCGGCCAAGAGCAAACCGGCGCCUCCGCCUCCGAAGCCCAAGCCCUCGCGGUUCAGCGCCCAGGUCGAAACAGUCACGGCUCUGUACGACUAUGAAGCACAGGCCCACGGCGACCUCAGCUUCUCGGCGGGCGAAGUCAUCGAGAUCAUCCAGCGCACAGAUAACCAGAACGAAUGGUGGACUGGCCGUGUGGAUGGUAGAGAAGGACAGUUUCCAGCAAACUACGUCCAACUGAAUUAAUGUAUCUUUUUUUUUUUGUUUCUUAUCUGCUUAUACAUUCUUAUCCACUCGCUUCUCAUCUAUCCAUAGCCAGGAGUUUUCGGGCUUGCAUGCAGCUGUUGAUCUCCUAGAGCAGUAAUGGCGAGUUCUUGCUCUCCGAAUGGUUGCCUCGAUUCUUCCUUUGGGCUGUUUAUUUAUUUAUUUUUACUCGGAUAGAGGGACAUUUAUUCUUCAUUCACUUCACUUCGUGGCAUUUGUAUAUAUUCUAUUCAUAUUGAUCUUUUCAACAGUUUGAAGGAUUUAAUCUCAUCACAAAUGGACAAUGAUGUAAACAUAC